GAAUGAAUUCACCGAAUUAGAAGAUUAUCUUACAAAAGAAUACGAAGAUUUAAAGUCUUUAUGGUUAGAAUUUAAUGAACAAUAUGCAAAGGCAAAGUCUGAAGAAGAAGUACUCGUUCAAAUGUUAAGCGAUGUAAAAGGAACAACUGUCGAGGAGUCACAAAAUUCUUUAGAUUAUGCGGAAAAUCUUGUACAGUCCAUGUAUGAGGAUAAGGGGUCAUCAUCACCUUUGAAAAGUUCUCCCAUUUCUUUAUCGUGUGACCCGGUUAACCAGGAAUCAUCAGAAAGAGUAGGAAAUGAUGUAACAGAUUCCUUUGACUCGUUAACCCUGUCAUCGCCGAAUAUAUCUGAAAUGCGAGAAUCCAUUUAUACAGCGUUAGAAUUAUCAAAUAGAGAUGUGCUACAAGAUUCUGUCACAACGGAAAGUUCUUUGGGAUUUAACACCAAUUUAGAUAAUGCUCUACGCAAAUUACAAAGAUUAGAUGAGGAGGACUAUGAUAUUGAUCAAGAUGAAGAAAUGACGGAUAUAAUUUCGUUAGAUAGAGAGAGCGAAAAAACACGAAUUUUGACUACUUAUGAAAGUGAUAAUGAUCAUGAAAUAGAUGAGGAUGAUGAGAUUGAAUAUGAUGGGUGGAACGAAGAUAAAACUAGAUUAGCUCUUAGAGAUAUGUUAGAUAUGAUGCGGGAUCAAAAUAAUCAUUAG